AUGGUACAUCUUUCGGCACCUUCACCUUUAUUUCAGAUACGUUUAGAACAAGAUACUUUGACAAUGCGUGGUUUACAAUCAGAGUCGGUUGGUUGUGUUCUUCGUGGUCAACUCGUUUUAGUCAUAACUGAACCAACGAAAUUCAAGGAAAUUAAAUUAACCUUUCAGGGAAAAUCGAAGUUGGCAUGGACAGAUGGAGUAGGAUCAAGUCAAUAUUAUCUUAACGAAGAAAGAGUUUUGUUUCAACACGACUGGGUAUUUUUACCAGCAAAAAAACAGCAUACCGUGCUCGCACCCGAUAAUUAUCACUGGGAUUUUGAAUUGAUCCUUCCUGGAACUUUACCCGAGACAAUUGAUAAAUGUGAACUUGGAAAAUUAAGUUACAAGUUAAAAGCUGUUGCGGAAAGGCCCGCAUUUGCUCUCAACCUUCAUUCGGAAAGGAAAGUCACCUUACAAAGAAGUCUAUUACCAAGUUCAUUCGAAUAUGCACUAAAUUCGGUGGUGGCAAAUACUUGGACAAAUAAAGUCGAUUAUGAAAUUUCCGUGGAUUCAAAAGUUUUUGUUUUUGGUGACAAAGUCCCAAUAACGGUAAACUUAAAACCGAUCCAUCAAGGUCUCAAAGUUCAUUAUCUUUUAUGCACACUAAAAGAAUACGCCACGUGUGCUGUGGGGACAAGCAAAAAAACGGUUUCAAAGAUUUUGAGAGUUCAUCGAGAAAAUAAUUUCCCUUGUGAAGGGGAUACUUGGAGCCAUUCUUUUGAUAUGUUUGUUCCAACUUCAGCAUGUCUCUGCGACUCACAAAAUGAAAUCAUCAAAAUCAAACAUAAGCUUAAGUUCUUUAUAAUGUUCGCCAACCAAGAGUUGAACAAAUUACCUUCUUAUCGAAGUAUAUCCUCCCUAAUACCUGCUCCUCUUGCCGAUUCAUUACCUCCAACCUAUGAUGCUUUUAUUU